UCCUCCUCCUCAUCAUCUAUCAGAUACACUGAGGGCUUUCCCUAUACAUACACCAGCCAUGCAAUAAAACACAGCCCCACGUAGAGUGUUCGCUUCUUGUCCCGCCACUAACACACACACAUACACACACAUACACACACACACGUACACCACCACCAUGCAGGCGGCGGGCAUCGGAGCAGCUGAUACCGACGCUGCUGUAAACGGUAGCAGCAGCAGCACCGCAGACGUCGACGACAGCGACGGGGCAGGGGAGAGGAUGGAGAGGACGGUGCCAAGCGAGCAGCAGGACAGAACCAACAACCAGCAGCAGCUACAGCAGCAGCAACAGCAAACGUCCUCAACGACAUCCGGAGUGCUCGGUAAGUGACAGACAAGACAGUUAACACAAAAAUACAGCCAGUGCCCUACGCUUUGUAGGCAACUGUGCUCAUUUACAAAAAAAAGGGGGACGAGGAUGAAGAAAAAUAUGAUGCUUUUGUGCUUGGACGUUGUGGUGCAGUCAUUGAUGCUCGAUGGACUUCAUUGAAUGACUCACGGGAUACUAAAGGGGUCAAUCUUCAGUGAUUGAUUUCGUGCGUCUUUUCAUAGUGCGCAUUCCUUGUCACAGGCCCGUUAAGAGUCCGACUGAAGGGGUCCACAGGUGUAUGCAGGAGUCAUGUGCAUGUCCUGACGGGCUGUGCUGCACUUUUAGGAGUGCAGAAGAAAGAUGGGUUGCAGGCUCAGGUGUCAGCUUUCACUCAGCUGGUGAGGACUUGAGAUGCAUCUCAGUGAUGGUUAAAAAAACACUGGUGUGGAAUUAUUUCUGUAUUAACAUGAUGAGGACCGUUAGCAGCACUGGAAAUGUAUUUUUGUUUUUGGAGAUUUAAGGGGCCCUUGCUUGUCUGUGGGGCCCCUGGAGUUAAGUCGUUUGUCUGUAAAAUAUGACUGCAGUUGGAGAAAUCCCAAUCACAUUUAUUGAUCAGGACUGGCUGUCACACAGACUCACAAAGAUAAAAAUGAACUUCAGACAUUCAGUCAGCCAAAGGGGCUAAUCAAUUACAAUUUCACACUCUGACACCACCAUGAAAAUUUGACUUUUAACCCUUUUCUACAUCUCUCUCAGUAGUAUUAGUGAGAUCACAGGCAGUGGUGCAGAGUAUGACUGAUGAUUUUGCUCAUGACCACAUGAGCUAAAGGCUCCAACUGUUUAUAACAGCUUGAUUCAGCAGUUUUGUAUGGGCGUGGAAUAAUAGUUGUAAUGCAUCUGAUUGUGAAGUGUUACAGCCUUAGCAUCUUUUCCCAAAAUGUCAGUGAAUUGUGAAGAUUGUGCAUAAACUGCAUUGAGUGAACAUGUUUAAUACUGUAAGAUAUUUCAUAAGACUUGGAAGAAAGGGGGCAUGAAGUUGUUUGUAAAAAUUGACAGUGCAAUUUAACUUGCUUAAAGACCUACUCCGACGAAAACCAUGUUUUUCUUGUUUUUUAUUUGUUCGUAUGGCAUUUUUCUGAUGCUACAGGACAUAUCAUGAGAAAACAAAAUGUGGAAUUGCUUUUCUGAGUAUUUCUUCAUUGAAAUCACUGUGAAUCUCUGGCAGACCCAAACGGCAGGUUCAGACACAGUGAGAUUUCAUAUGUAACCAAUCCAAGCUCCGCCCCCCGGAGCCCAGCUAUGCAGGCCAGACUCUGCAUAUAGAGAAGAAAUAGAGAGGAUGAUUGCGGAACAAGCGUGUGCGUUAGCGGAUUGCAAUGCUCAUUAGAAAGCUUAAUGUGAUAUUAGCUUUCAUCGUGUCUAAGAGCUGAAUAGCUCCUAUGUUACCUGCCACUUCUACUACAAUGGCAAUGUAAGGCUACAAGCUAACGUGAAGAUGAGUGAGCAGAGCACCGCCCACAACUCAGAGGCGAAUUGCUAAUGAUCUACCGGAGCUCUGCAGAAGAAAAGUCCUUGAAAAUGACACAGUUUAUGUGAUUUUUGGUAAAAACUUAAUAUUCACCAUUUAAAGACCACUGAGGACACUUUAGUGGAAAAAAAUGAUUGGAGUGGGUCUUUAAUUAUAUUUACUUAAGCAGCUUGUUAAAUUAGAGUUUUUAAAGUAAAAUAAAUAUACAGUUCACUGUAGCCAGAUCUAAUGGCUGGAUUCUCCUUAUGGGCCACAGUUUGAAUAGAUUUGAUUCACUUCCCCAGACAAAAUCAAUAUUAUUAAUAUCCAGUCUACUGUGUUUUGCUGAGUUAUUUAUUUUCCCUUUUAGUUGCAUUUCAUGGAUCAUGGAGACACCUGCUGUAAGAAUUCUUUGUGUAACAAUAAAAAAUAACAACCAAAUCCAGUUUUUAUAAAAAAAAAAUGUUGGUUUUAGGAAAAUCACACAAAGUGAUGACAGCAGUAGAUGAUGAACCAUCUGUGUCUGACUGUGUAUGAUGCCUUCUUUUUGUGGGUACACAACUAGCAUAAUAAAUACUAUGUCUGCUGCUCUUUUUUGAUGCACAAUGAAUGUAUUUCAGAGAGAUAGGGUUAGUAAAUUAUGUCAUCAUACAUGUGAAUGUUCUCUCUGGAGAAAUAAAGUGCUGCUUCCUUACCAACAUAGCAUAAACGUGGAUAAGUCUACAUGUAGAGUGACCUUUAUGUGACAAUCAUAGAGACAGUCACUCAGUUAGCGUUCAGGAACAUGCAGUACAUGACAAAUCAAAGUGGCACUAUAUGUGUCAGUGGCAUGGCUUGAAUUGUGUAAGUAUUUCAUGCACACAAACACAAACAUGGUCAAACACAGAUCGAUCAGCAGAGGUGCGUGUCUUGUUUUAAUGGCUGCUUUACAGAAUGGGGAACAUGAUCCAUUGGCAUUGUUUCUUUGUAUUUACUGAGGGUGCAGCACAGUGAGUGUGAAGGUUGCGUGCUGCUAUUAAACUUCGUAGUGUAACAGAGAGGAGACAGCAGCUUUUAAUAAGAGGGAUAUGACGUGCCGUGGAUGAUGUGCUAAUGCAGUUACUCUGCAGAAAGUGAAAUCCUAAUCCUUGUAUUUACUGAGUGUCACAUUAAGACUCAGUGAAGAGAUCUAUCUAUCACUGGGGCCGUUUGGCCUGCGUCAGACAGAGAGUGUGACUUUCGAGUGAAAACCAACACGUGAAAGACGAUAAGUAAAACUGAUGACCUCUCAUAUUUCACUGUACUGUGAAGAAGUGGGAUAACACUGCUGUGGGAGUCUGUUGCUUUAGCUUAAUUGAAUACUUUAAGAGAUUGACUUGAAAGGCCAGUUUUCUGCUAUUUGCACAACUCUCUGUUUAGACAGAUUACUUGUUUGUUUAGAGCUCACUGAUUUCGCUGAGAGACAUGUGACUGGUGCUGCACUGUCAACCUUCACGCUGGCUGAACAAUUGUUUCGGACAUUUCUGUCUUUUUGUCAGGGAAGGACAGAAAACAUGUUGGAGGAAGAACUUUGGGAUGAGCAGCAGUGGGAGUAAUGUGUAAUCCUGUCAUCUGUGCCCUUGAUCGUCCUGAUGAGAAAUUAUCACCAGCUGCCUGCCCGUCUUUGUCCCCGUCCAGGCCUUAGUCAGACUUUAUUAACCUCAUUUUGACUUACCUCUACCUUCUCACCCUUCUGCUAUUUUUUCUUUUUUUCAAUUUUAGAUAAACUGUUUGGGAAGCGUUUCCUGCAGGCCAGACACUACAUUAUGUCCCGCAAGUCCUGGCUGAAGAUGGUGCCCACUGAAAACUGUGAUAUCCUGAUGACAUUCCCAGGUACAGUAAGCUCCAGUCCUCUCUGUCCUCCUCCCUGUGACAGAUCAGCCCACUGUACAGAGAACAGAGGAUCCUCAUUAAAUGUGUUUAGCCACUCUGAAGGAUCACGGGAACUUUAAAAGGUCUCUUGGGAGCUCUAACUCUCGCCCAUUUCAUGGUUUUGGGCCUACAUACAAGCCUGCCCUUCAGUAUUUUAAAACAAGAGAAAAAAAAGCUUUAUGGAUACAAAGCACGACUUGUAUAUUCAGCUACAUCAGUGAUAGGCUUUGUCUUUAGAGGCUGGAUACUAUUAGAUUUAUUUGACAGCUUUUUCCCUGAAGAAGAAACCUCUGUAUCCGCAUCCUGACCUGCCAGCUUUAUUCUGCGUGUCUCAUUUUGUCCAAAUGUGAGAAAUUCCUUUGCUAGGGGUUAUUAUGAAUUAGACAGUUUUCAGGUUGUGACAGGCAUGCAUAUUUUCAAAAAUAGCUUUGUGUUGUAGUAUUAAAAUGAGUAAGCAGUAUAAGCAUCAAUGUGGACCUCGGUUUUAACUAUUUACUUUUUAAUAAUGAGUAGAAAUCAGUCACAUAUCUGAAACUUAACAUCAGGAAAUUUACAGUAUAUUAACAAAUUUUGCCCGAGAACAACAUAUGAAAAAAAAAAAAGCAAUAUUGAAGAAAAACAUCAUAAGGAACUGUUUGUGUGGCUGACCUGCUGAAAGAAAUAUGUUCCACCAGAUUCUGAAUUCAACUGAAGUCAAUGCAUUCAGUUUUCUUAAUCACAGAUUACCAAAAGGAUCAAUUUCAGUGGAUCAGUUUAUAUCUACACUAAAAACACAGGUCUGCAUUUUGUCCUUUGCUUUAAAUCUUUCCUACAUCACUUUAAAACAUCACUUUUUACUCUAAAACUAUACAUUUGUUUGCCUUUUGUUUUCUUUAAUGUUGUUCUCAUGUCUGUUUUUUGGUUUUGCCUUCUUAUGUACUAGCAGCAUUGAGCAAUGUUUGACUAUCCCUAAAGUUACAGUAGGGGAUCUUCAGUCAUUAGCUCCAUUAUUGUAGGGGUCCUGGGCUGAAAAGUUUGGGAACCCCUGCAUUAAAGGCAGAUUGUUUGAACUAAUAUUUGUGGGAGUAGAAGGCAGAGUUUGGAAGUAAAAGCAUCUCCAUCUACGGCAGUAGCUCAGGAGGUAGAGCUGUUGUCCAAUAACCGGAAGGUUGGUGGUCCGAACUCCGCCCUAUCCCAAGUCUGUCCGUUGUGUCCUUGGGCAAGACACUUAACCCACCUUGCUCCCAGUGUUUGUUCUCCACCAAUGUAUGAUUGUGAGUGUUGUGUGGUGGUGGUCAGAGAGGCCACCAAGGUGUGACUGUGUGAGCGAAUGAAUGAUGUAUCCAAUGUAAAGCGCUUUGAGGUCACUGACAAAGAGCGCUAUAAAAUUGGAUGCAUUAUUAUUAUUAUUAUUAUUAUUAUUAUGGUUGGCUCAAGAUUCAUUUAAAUGUUAUACGCUCAUGAAAAGUUUUCAAGUUGCUUGUUAAUGGGAGUCCCUCUUAGCAUGAAGUCCUCCCUGUAAGGUGAGGUGCAGUUGGGGUUGGGGGGUGGAUCGAGGAGGCAGGACAUGACAUGUGACAUGAUGCACUAAAAGCUAUGUGAAAUGUUAACAACAAUCCAGCUGACAAAGCCACAGGACCCUCCUCUAUGUCAGUGUCAUAUCGGUUGUGCAGAUGUCUUUGCCGUUUUUGUCUUGAAAUUGUUUUCAUCUUCAACUGCUGGUGUUUUUACUCAUCCUGUUUUGAGUGGCUCCAAUGGGUUCACACCUGGUGUAUGAUAUAUAAACGUCACUUGCAGGGAAUUUUUUGCUGCCUUCUCUCAUUGUAGAUGGGCACUGAGCAGGAGUGACCUUUUAUUGUCACUGCUACCCCACUUCUCUGUGGCACUGCUGCCAGAGCGCUCAGAAAGAUGAGUUCAGCUCAGCCUCUUCAUGCAGCAGAAAACUCAUUACCUGCCCCCGAGGGAGCAUAUGGGGAACAGUGUGUGACUUCAAAAUUCAGAGUGAAUGUAAAAAAAAACUGGUAUUUCAAAGUACUUUAAUGCUGAAUUUCCUCUGCUGCAGAUACCAUAGAUGACCACACUCUGCUCUGGCUCCUGAAUCAGAUCCGUGUUGGGAUCCCACAGGUCAGCAUUCAAGUCCGACAGCAUAAACACGCCCAGACACACGCCUUCUUCAUCACGACAACAUUCGAGAAGUAAGCCUCUGAAAAUAACACUGUAUGUUUAUGUGUGGGUUGUGUUUCUUUGAACUGCUCUGAGUGAAGACAUCUGAGUUUGUUUUCACUUUUCAGAGCAACAAACAGUGUCAUCUUUUCUCAGUUUCAAGACUGAGGUUAGAAGACAGCAAGACCUGUUAGUUAGGAUUUUCUUCCUGUUAGUUCAUAAGAGCAUUUUAUAAGCAAUGUUUAUCUGCAUUUGAAUGUUUAACUAGAAAGUUUGACUGACCAUCUGACUAGUCUUAAGGUAAGAAAACACUCAGAAAAUGGUCAAACAGGGGCCUAUUCUACGAAACAAGUUCGACCUAGCGAGGUAGCCUUGGAGCUACCUCGCACAACUUAGCGCGGUAGCCAGUGGUCUUGCUAAACGGUCUUACGACACUGGUUAUCAACCUUGUAAGUGGAUCCAGCUUUGCUAUGAGCGCAUGUAAGGCGGAGCCCGCCGCAUCUGACCAAUCACGAACAUGGACCAGUCUGGAGAGUGAAGGACCGUGUACUUUACAAACAAGGAGCAGGAGACGAUCAUGAGAAAGUAUGAAGAAUUCAAAUCUAUCAUAAACCUCAAAGGCAACACCGUCGCCACUGCAAAAGCACAGAAUAAAUGCUGGCAGAAAAUUAAUCUUUGAUGCCAUUAUCACCCUGAAAUAGCACUGUUCAACAUGCGCUUUUAACAUGCACCAGACAUGUCUAAUUCAUUUCCAAGAUGAUUUAAUUCAUUUGUUCAUUCCUAUCGUGUUUACAUUUUUUUGUGAAAUGUCGGCCAUAUGAGUCUUUCAUAAAGGUGGUCAUCCGGAAAAGUUAGUGUGUCCGUGCGGUCCCUGAAGACUCUUGCGCGCCGGAGUGCUCCUCGGGCAAAGUGAGCACCGAGGUUUAUAGGAUCCUCCAAGAACGGACAAGCCAUUUUUCGAGAGAGCUCAUUGGUCAGUGGACGGGGUUUUUGUACUCUGUGAGUUCAAUCUGGAGCCUAACCUGCCCCGGAGCAGGUUAGCCAUUCAGCGUACGUUGCCAUGGAGACUCACCUCACUAAACAGUGAACCCGUGUCGUAAAACAGGAAACCCCGAGCUUACCCUCGAAGCCAAGUGUGGCUUAAGUAAGCAGAGCUUGCACUCUUCAUCCUCCUUACAUCCACAUGCCUGUGCUGGUUUUACAUUGACCUGGUUGAGUGUGCCAGUUUGCCAGAUGCAGUCUAUAUGAAUGUUUAUCUUCAUUUUCUAGAUCAAAAUAAGGCCAAACCAUGACACACUUGGAGAUGCCACCUGUGUUUACACCUUGGUCCAGAGCAUUAUAGCCUCAUGUGUUACAGCUCGGUGACAACAUUUCAGUCAACAACAAAAAUGAUAUAAAUAUUCAUGAAUCAUAAAAUUCCAUUAGAUGUGAUGAAAUAUCAGUAGUGCUAAAAAACAUCAAAUAUGGAGUGUUAGUUUGGCUUAGUGGUGUAUUAGAAAUGAAUCUCUUCUUAUGAAUAGAGAUCCCUUCACACAGCCACAUUGUCUUUGAGUUGUUUUGUUCUUGCAGCAAAGGAGCAAAAAUGUGCCUCUGGUGGGAAUGAGAGGUUGCUUGCACGGUAUUUCUCUUGUGUGGUGUGUGUGUGGUCUAAAAUGUGUUGCUCAUCUGUCGAAUGUAAAUAUCAUUCUGCGGCUGCAGCUGCUGUUUCUGUGGUCUAUCGCUGUGGAAGGCUGUUGUUGGCUCGAGCAGCUCACUUAAGAGGUGUGGAGGCGCUUGCAGUGAGUUGCUGAACCCAGGUUACCCUUUCUACCACUGUGUGAGUCACUGUGAGCACUAGUGACCCUUCCAACAUCUGUGUCUCCAACUCUUUCUUUAUGAGCACAAAGACACCUGGAAUGGGGAUGUAGAUGCGGGAGGAAGAGCAGAUGAGACUUGCCAUCUAAUGUUAGAAAGAGAUUUAGAGAGGUUGUUACAGUAUGUCAACAAAGCAUCUUUACACAAAGUUGUAUCAGAGGUGCCUUCCUUCUAAGCUGGACCCCAGAAAUGGUGGAGCUUCAAAAAGGAUAUUGUAAGGAGAAAGAUCACACCAUGUACGUUUGUUCUUAUUCUCAAGUACAUCAGCAUGAUAGGCAGGGCUUUUGUCCACUGUAAGUUCAUUUCUUCACAGCUUUUGGCCAAAUUACCUUUCAAGAUAUAGUUCUCUCACUCAGUAGCUCCACCUGCUUGAGAAAAAUAUACACAUUUUUUCUGAGAUCAGUGCCUAGGAAGUCAGACACUUGGUCAGGUGCUUCUUUGCAAAAUGUGCACCAUUUUCUCAGGGACCUCCCACUGUGGAAUGAUCUCAAUUAAGAGCAGCACAACUGCUGCUGUUUGAUUUUUAGCAGGAAAAGCUUCAACCCAUUUCGACCACGUCAACCAUUACUAGACUGUUUCUUUUCUAUGUGGUUCAAGUAAUAAAAACAUGUUGAAAUGGCCUGUUGGGUGGUGGACGUGCUGCAGCGUGAUGCAAUGGCCUUGUUCUGCCUGUGUUGUAUGACUUGCAGUAUUCAAGAGCAAACCACUUGCUAUCUACAGCUGAUCAUCUUUAGACACAUGAUCUAACCCAUGUGCCAACUUAGCAUAACAAUGACAGAGUACUAAGGCAGGGCUUUCUUACAGGAGAGAUCCAACCACCCUCCUUUUGAUGAAAGCCUUCUCUCUGCCACUGUUGUUUUUUAGUCUGUGUAGAAAAAGAAAGUAUGUCAGAUAGGUCUGAGGUAGUAGUGGUCCAUGGUGACUCAGAAAACCUGUGAAGUGGGAGGGGGGACUGUUCAGGUUGCGGCCUAAGCAGCUGUAUCCGCCCUGGCAUUCCCCUCAGAAACUUGGUCAGCCUGGUAACAGAAUGGCUGAGAGCAAGUUCGAGAUUGUUUUAUGAUGCAGCAUAAGUUUACUGUCUCAUUUCCAGAAUAUCCUGUGCUUACAAAGCACUCCAAAAUCAUGAACAACACCAAAUGCAUACCUGGAGUCAGUGUAGACAGUUGCAGACUUAUCUUUAACCAGUUUGCACGAUUCUGUCUCAUCACAAGCUCUGCUGCCUGUGCUGAGUUAUAACAAGAGUGCAACACAACAACGAGGUUCACCAUCAGAGGGCAGAGGCAGAGAGAUGCAGGGUUGAGUGUGGUGGGUCUUUUCACUGUGACGUUUGGCAACUCUAGCAAGGUGGUAUGAUACCUCAGCCAGUGUGCAGGUGUCAAAUGUGGUGAUUUCUGUUUAGCCAGUAUACUGGAGAGUAAGGGGCCUAUAGAGUUAGAGGAGAGUAACCAGGACUGCUUUCUCUGCUGCCACCACAGCUCUCAGACAAGGGGGGAGAUCUGCAGCUACUGGAUCUAAUUUAACAAAGGAAUAAGCAACAGGUCUCAAUUUAUCACCAUGUUUUUGUUGCAAGACAGACGUCAUGCAGACAGAUUUUUAAUCAACACACUGGACAAACAGCUUGUCAGGAUUGUGUAGGAGUGCAAAGCUUUGCAUCGUGCACAUGUAGGGGCCGCUAACAAAAUUUCAUCAACAUAUUGUAGGAGACAAAGAUAGAGUGGACAAGCUACAACCAAGAGCUGGGUUAUAGAUUGUUGGAUCCUCAGUGAAGCCCUGGCAUAACCAGGUGAAAGUGUAACACUUGCCAUUGAAAGUGAAAGCAAACCAGAGCUGUGAAUCCAAAGCAUUGAAAAACCAUUGUGAGCCCCCUGGAACAGUGUAAGGGUUUAACACAUUUAUAACAUGUGACUGCACAGGGUCAGUCACAGCUUGCAAGUCUUGGACUCAUCAGGUUGGCCUGGAGGUCUAAUUUUCUUGAUUGGAAAUAUGGAUGUCUGAACAGAAGAGUCAUCACAUAAUUACUCCAGUAAUGACUUAAAAACAGGAGCAAUUCCCUGUUUGACCUGAGGCCUGUAGCCAGAUUUAAUCAAUCAAUCAAUCAAUCAAUCAAAUUUUAUUUAUAUAGCGCCAAUUCACAACAGUCGUCAUCUCAAGACGCUUUUCAAGGAACAAGAGCAGGUCUGGACCACGCUCAUUGUUUGAUGAUCAAGAACCAACCUAAGAUGGGUUUUGGCCCAUCUCAACUAACAUGAGUUACAGUGGCAAGGAAAAACUUCCUUUUAACAGGCAGAAACCUUGGGCAGGACCAGCCUCAUGCUAGACAGCCACCAUGCCGCUGCUGGGUUGGGGAGGAAUUUAAGUGUGAUAGUGAUUGGUUUGCAGUUCUUACUGAGACCAACAUCAAGAUCAGAUGUCAUCAGAUGUCAGAUGCCCACAGAUAAGAUGGGAUGACUGCAUGUCGUAGAGAGAUACAGUGACUCCAGGUUCAAUUCCAACCUGUGGCCUCUUUUUCUUUCCCACUCUUACUCUCUCUCAGUUUCCUGAUCUACUGCCCUUUCCCCUCCGAAAAAAGGCAGAGAAUCCCAUAAAUACCCCUUGAAAAAUACAGCAAUGUUAAGACUAUUGAUAAUUCGUUAAACCAGCUAGGAAUUUUAAUGGAGGUGACGAUGUUUUAUUGUGUUGUCCACUUGAGACUCGUGGUCCAGUCCAAGUACAGUUUUUCAAAGCCUGAUGCCGAUACUGAUUAUGAGAGAGCAGGGUGGUCUAUGGCCAAUAUACAAUGCUGAUAUCUCCUUUUUUUUUUUUUUUUUUGACAAAGUGCAAAAAUGUAACAACAACAAAUAAAAAGUGCUGUAUUUUGGUGAAUAUUUAAUAAAAUUUAUGUAGAUAGAAAGAUAUUUGUCUCAGAUAAAUUUCGCCUGAAGGGACUCAAGGGUCCAGCAGUCUGAAAUUAUUAAGAAAGAAAAAUAGUAUAAGUUAAAUGCUGAGAUGAAAACCAGGGCUGUUCUUCUGGGAGAAACUUGGCGCCAGAUGAUGGACUUAGCUUUGCGUACAGAGAGGAAACAACUAUCUUCAGAUAGUCAAAACCAAGGUGAGGGUCAUCAGUUCCAGUUUUGCGUGUUGAUGUGUGCACUCUGAACUCGCUUAAUCCGUCACACAUCUGCAGUCCAGCCUGAUAAACUGAGUUUUAGUGGAUGUCCACCAUCAGAUAUAAUCCUGCUCCUCACUCACCCUGUGCCCUCUCCCUCAGCUUACUGCGGGGAGCCGAGCAGAUGGGCAUGCACAAGGCAGUCAAACCGCAGUUUGGCGGAGGGAUGCGCCGCUUCUCCUGUGAGGAAGACAACAUCUACGAGAACAUCGAGAGUGAGCUGUGCUUCUUCACCUCACAGGUGUGGGAUUAUUGUUGACAGUAUAUACACUGUCUGUAAUUUUAUACACGGUCUGGAAUUUAUUUCUCUGUCUCUCGUUGCAAUGCUUCCCAGGAGCGUCAGAGCAUCAUUAAGUAUUGGCUGGACAAUCUGCGAGCCAAACAAGGGGAGGUGCUUCACAACAUUCACUUCCUGGAGGGACAGCCUAUCAGUAAUGCCCACAUUUCUGAUUUAUGAUGACUAAUCGUUUUAAAAGCUUAUUCUUUCAUUCAGGCUCAUUCAAGCACCUUGUUCAGUAAAUUUCAUACAAAAUGUUCCCUUUGAUUAAUUUACAAUGAAGUUGGCUGUGGUACAAACAACAUAUAAAUCUGAGGCCUUUAUUCACAGAUGCUCAAAUAUUGUUUCUCAUGUUGUUUGGAAGGUCUUUUUUUAUGUGUUAUGUGCAGAAAUCAGGUGUAAGUUUAAUGUUUUGUUGUCUACAGUACCAGAGCUGGUGGCUCGAGGGGUGAUCCAGCAGAUGUUUCCUCUCCAUGAACAGAGGAUCCUCAACCAGCUGAUGACAUCCUGGGUCCAGGCUGUUUGUGAGAGGCAGCCUCUGGGUGAGAGUUUCCUCAUUAGAUUUAGAGUAGUAAUCAGCAGGACGGUAUCUUAUUUACUCAUGCAGGGAAAUACAGUCUGCUGCUGUUUGUGUAACUGUGUCAAAUUCUUUCUGCUUUGUAGAUGACAUCUGUGACUACUUUGGAGUGAAGAUCGGCAUGUAUUUUGCUUGGCUGGGUUUCUACACCAACUCAAUGCUUUACCCCGCAGUCAUUGGAUUCCUGCUGUGGAUACUGGCAGAGGCUGACCAGGUACUUUACAAACACCUGAAACAUCAGUGAAACUGCCCUCUAACUGUUGGAUCUAUUUGCGCUCUCUCAGCUGUUUUAUGUCUUGAGAGUCAGGAUUUUCACAGACUUUGAUGCCUCAUUUGUUGCUUGUCCUGCUGCAUUGAUGUGAUUGUCUUUGUGUGUUUUAAGGUGACAAGAAAGGGAAUUUACAACAAGUUGACACAUCAAAAUAUCCACAUCUAAUAUUCACUUUUGCAGUGUGUCAGGAUCAAUUUCACUAAGCUUUGGUGUCUUUAAAUCUUCUCACUCUUUCUAACAGACCAGUCAGGAUAUCUGCUGCGUGGUUUUUGCCCUCUUCAAUGUCGUGUGGGCGACGCUGUUUCUGGAGCGGUGGAAGAGGCGGGAGGCAGAGCUUUCCUACAGGUGGGGGACCCUGGACACCCCCACUGAGUCCCUAGAGGAGCCCAGACCACAGUUCAGGGUGAGAAGAUUGAUGCUUGAGUUUGAGUGUGCAUGGAUGAAAAAGCUGUAGUGGGUGAAGAAAGACUUCUCCUCCUCAUAUCCUGCAGCAUUUGCUCAGUUAGACCUACAGUCACAGUCCCACUCUGUUCAAAUGGUUAGUAGACCUCUUAAGUUCUCCAAAACUUUCACUAAUCAGCAGUCACAUUAGUUGGAGUUUCUUUUCCACGUGAAGCUGUUUAUUUGGUCUACUUGAAUGUUUUAUUAGGGAGCAGUUGCGCAACCCUGUAGUGAAGGAGUGGCACACAAUACCAGGAAACACGGCUGUGUUUACAAGUGCAGCGUGUCUUCACUCCCCACGUGCUCUGAAAGGGAAGAGGAAAUGGGUCUCAGAGACCUUCACCCACCCAACCCCCACCCCCAGCCCACCCCCUGUUGUGUAGAUCAAAUAGGGGAGGGCAACAGAGGGGCCUAGUUUGAAAAAAACAUGGGGGUUCAUAGUCUUCCAAGCCCGGCUAGCUCAGUCGGUAGAGCAUGAGACUCUUAAUCUCAGGGUCGUGGGUUCGAGCCCCACGUUGGGCGCAAAUGUUUUAGGGGGGCAUUUCUACCAGAUGAAGUAUGGUUACCCAACAAGAUAAGACCAAGAAAGUAAGAAAUAAGUUCAGACACAACCCUCUGGGAGACACAACACAAACUGUAUCUUUGAAAGAAGAAUUCAAUGAAUGCAGUGAUAAUCUGAAACAGGAAAAUCUGCAAAUUAGCAGCCGUUUUCAGCCCAAAUAUAUCCAGUCUACUCUCCAAGUAAUGAGAUAGAAAUAGUGAUUUUUAUUUAACCAAGCCUCCCCUUGGCUGUUCUUUCCUCUUCUGCUGUCUCUGCAGGGAGUAAAGCGCUGGAGUCCCAUAACGGGCUGUGAGGAGUUCUACUAUCCGCCCUGGAAAAGAGCUUUGUUUAGAUGGCUGGUCAGCCUGCCCAUCUGCCUCCUCUGUCUCUGCUUUGUCUUCCUCGCUAUGCUGCUCUGCCUGGAACUGCAGGUCUGAAUACUUGACACAGCAUGAAAGUUAUGCAAGACACGGGAUUGAAAACGGGGCUGAUAUUGUUUGGACAUGUUUCUCUUGAAAGGUGUAAACCUGCUCCUAAUAAAAUAACUGAAACAGCAUUAAAAAAGAAGGAGUAAAUAAAGUGCAGCCUUAAAACUUUUAAUGAGAACAAUGAAUACACAAACCUAACCUUUAUAUCAUGUCUUCAGACAGUUUAAUAAAGCGCUUUCAAUUUUACCUCAUGCCAUUUCAUUUAGUUUCAUGGCUGUGUAAAAAUAGCAAUGGGACCCGAGAGAACAGAUAAGAAUGAAUAGGACUCAUUUAAAAUUUAUAAUGCUUCUAAUGCACCUUGCAGGAAGUAGUGAUGGAGAUCCAGGAGCUACCUGGUAUCACAAGAUUCAUUCCUAAGAUACUGCUGGCCCUAACAGUGACCGUAUGUGAUGAGGUGUAUAAGAAGAUUGCUUAUUGGCUCAAUGACAUGGGUGAGAGACUUGAAACAUACUCAGCACAGUUAUGAGUUAUUUGAUUCUGUGUAUGUGUGACUCUGUAAGACUCUGUAAGAAAUUAAAUGAAAGUGUCCAGAACUGUCAUUUAGGUUAAGUGGUCACUUACUCCUCCUUCUGUCUCUUGUCUUUUCCUUUAGAGGUCAGUGAGGCACUUAAAAGAUAAAACCUUUUACUGUCAUCCAUUUACAAAUGCUGUUCUUGUAUUUAUUUCCUUUUCCAGAGAAUUACAGACUUCAGAGUGCCUAUGAGAACAAUCUCAUUAUCAAGAUGGUUUUUGUGAGUCAUUCUUUCUCUGCACUUUGGGGUUGAAAAGAGACAGUUCAUCUUGUCCUAUCAAGUGUCUGACUUCCUGUAAUGUUUCCUUCCUGUCGUUGUUUUACAGUUUGAAUUCAUCAAUUCUUACCUAAGCCUUUUCUACAUUGGAUUCUACCUCAAGGAUAUGGAACGAUUAAAAGAGGUGAUGAUAAGAGUUUGCAGUAACACAGACAUGAAUACAAAGUGUAGAUCUUUGAGUUCCUGAUGGUUUGUUGUAAAGGGGCAUUUCAGACAAAACAGACCUCGGAUUCCUGCUGCUUUACUGUCUGUCAAGUUUUCUACUCUCACAAGCCAAACAAUACAGUCAGCUUUAAAGGCUGUCAGUUUACCGAUGGUCUUCUUUUUUGAUAGAGUAGGAUAAAAGCAUCAUUGGAGGCAACAGUCAGUUCUGGAGCUGUACUGGUUGCUAGAAACACAGAUUUUCAGAGUUGUUAUGUUUAGAGACAAAAAUCUUGUAAUAUUGGUCUGAAAUGUCCUCUUAAUGGCCUCAUAUUUGACACUUUGUUCAAAUAUGAGACUAAAAGUGCAACCCUUAGGCUAAAAACAUAUCUUAAAGACAAACAAAAAGAGAAAUUCAGUCGUUGUAAAAAGCAAAGUUGUUGUAUUUUUGCUACAGAUAAUCAUGAUUUUCAAUUUAUUUCUCUCACACAAACCUCAUUAAGCUAUCUGGGCUACACACAUGCCAAGAAGUUAUAAUCUUAAACUAAUAUAAAGUUAUACUAUAUGAGGAUAAUAUAAAGUCAAUAUCUUCUUUUUAAAAGAUACUUUUCUUUUAUAUUGUCAAGAUGAAGAUUAAGCUGUUUUAUCAUUAAAGGGUAAUUCUGGCGUAAGUUUAAGUCAUGGUCAAACACACCAUAACACCGAGUUAGACACCCCAUAGAGAGAUGAGUAGUGCUGACUGCUUGCUUCCCUAGUUAUACCAACUUUAGCAACGACCACACGAUAGCAAAACACAGUGGUCGAUGUCUCCACAUGCAAACUGCAACCAAAAAGCCACUCAUAGCCACAAAUAACGCUCCAAACAGCAUCUAACUUCAUCAACAGUACAUAUAGGGUUCCAGCACAUAGUACUAGCCGUGAACAUUUCCUCUAACUAACUAAAGCUGAAGGUGUUACAUUUGUGGUGUGAAAAUCGGUCAGUAAGAGGUGCAGUGGAUGGUUAGCUACCUUCAAUCUGUUUCAGAUUUGUGAAAAGCUAAAUAAAAUUCCAAAUUCUUAGAAUACAGUUAUUGUUUUUACACCUCAGGAAAAAUAAAAAAGUAUAAAACAAAAUAAAUGGAGUCCUGUUGGCCUGGUUACAAGCUUGUCAGCAGGAUGAUUGAACAGCUCAGUAGCUUGAAUAACAAUGAAACAGUAGAAAAAAAGCUUCAACAGCCAAAUCUGAAAGAUUUUAGAUUGAAGCAAUGAUGUGUUUCACUGCUAAUGGAUGAGUUACAGUCUUUUUUUAUGCCUAAUACAGUGUCAGAUGCUGUCAUGUCAGGCAGAAAAAUGGUAUGUAUGGUAUAUACUUUUGUGAUGCAGUUACAAAGUUUAUCUUUCCCACAGAUGCUAGCCACCCUGCUGAUCUUCCGCCAGUUCCUACAAAACAUCAAAGAGGUCCUCCAGCCUUAUCUCUAUGAACAAAACAAGCUGGGUGUUUUCACCCCAAAGGUGCUGUGGGAACUCCUCCAAGCCAUCAUCCUUAAAUAUGGUCGCCUGGCUUUGGGAAAAGCUCAAGCCUCAAUGACUGCCUACUCCUUCUUGGGUCCCAAAGGCAUCCCUGUCAGUCACACAGCUAAUGGUAAUCCUGAGCCAAGGAGACGAGGGGAUCUGAAAGCCGGAUUCAGGCUGUCAGAGGAAGAGUGGGACAUGAGUGACAGCAAUCUGAAGCAGCGUAAAGUCAGCUUUACAGAGAAGGUUGACUACCAGGACCUGACAACAGAGACGCAGCCAGUGUUUGACAGCUUCCUCGAGGACAGUCCCACCAUGGUAGAGGAGGGGAUGGACCCGUCCAGCAUAUUUGACAGCUGUGAUGAUGACAGUGAUUGCGAAUCGCUGAGUCAAGUAUGUGGUCUCCUUACUUUUAUGAUUCAUUAUGCUAUGUGUGUACGUUUGUGAUUUUUAAUCUGAGCACAUGAUUUAUUCAGAUUUAGUGAACUAUUUCCUCUGAACUGGGUAGUUUCACAUGCAUUCAUUCAGAGCUAUCACAGCAACAAUAGAAAAUAAGCUUUAAUGAUUAUAAAAUUGAUAUUUCUAAAUACAGAAACCAUAUUGAUUUUGCUUACAAACCAGAGCCUCAUGGGAAAUGGUUUAUGCAGCGGUGGCAUGAUGUAGUGAACACACGUGUUUGAACAGCCUUCAUGUGCUAUUUGCGUUUUCACUUAAGUCUACUCAAACCACAAACACAAAGAAAGCUAUUGUCCUCAUGUGUACCUCAUGACUGAUACUUAAAAGACCGUUGGAAAAUUUCCCUUCAAAAGUCACAAUGAAAGUUACGAAGCACUGCUUGAAGCCCAACUAUCUCCCGAUGAAGACCUGUGGGUGAAAAGGCUGAAGUUUGAUAAAGUAAUUGUGGUGUGUAGCAAGUGUGUGGACCAACUUCUUACUGAUGUUUUUUUUGUUUCCCUGUACUUAUAAUCACAACCUUCUUAGUAAAUUUAAUCCAGCUCCUAGCCAGGCAGGUAGCCAAUCUUGGUUAAUGGGAUAACCAAGAAGACCGAGUUGGUAAUAUCACCUACGGCUGACUUGGCUUUGACAAGCUCUUUAACUCAAGCAUGCAUAAAGUGCACAAAGCCUGAUGAAGAAUGACUGUAGAUGAAGAAUGCACACUGUCUCAUCAUGUUCAUUCAGGCAAACAUUCACAGUGACUCAACGUAGUUGCCAACGAACUCUAUUCAACAAAUAAGAGGCUUGCAAAUAAGAUGCUUUGCCAUAUAUUUUUAUUCUUGUAGGUUUUGUCAUUGUUUUGUUUUACAUAUUAGUUAUCAAAAGAAGCCCACUGGUCUUACUUUCUAAACUAACCCCUGCUUCAUCCUAGAUACAAUAGUAAUGCCUAUGUGUAACUUUGCCAGGGCUAAGCUUGAAUACAAAGUUAAACCCAGCUGCUGUUCUGGUCCCCUCAGGAGGGCUAGCCAACCUUUAGGAAACCAAUAGGCUAAGUAACUCCUUGAUGACUAAUGUGGAUUACCAUCUAUAACAUCCAGGGCGAUAAUCCACUACAAACCGUUAUUUUAUCAUGAUGUACAAGACACAUACAAAAAAAAAAUGCUGUCCUUUUUAAAAAAAAUGAAUCACUACGUUUUUAUAGUUCCGUUUUUUUGUUUUGGUAACUCUUAAUUUGGAUAGUUCAUCUGUUGACACUCUACAUGCUAUCAGUACAUACUGUAUUAAGUUAAAUAUCAAUCGUUUUUGCUUUAAUUUGGAUAGUCUUAACACAUUCUCUGCAAAUACUAGUUGAGUCUGCUGAUGGUUACGAUUUACCGAUGAAUUUAGUGUAAUUGAUUGUCAAUAGUGAAAGAGUUGAACAUGCACUGGUAACUUGCUGAAAAUUAGUGAACAACCUUUUGCACAAAACGAAACGAUGCUCAGGAGAGUUAUUUCGAAAUGUUGCAAGUUGAACUGCACCUGGAGUCUACAGACCGUUAGUUUAAUGCAUGUUGCAUUUAGUCAUGUUGAAUAUCAGCUGAAAUAGUGUUGACAUUUAGCUUCAGCUCUAAGUUAAAUGCAUCUUACUUGUCCGUUAAAAAGAAGUUUGUUGAAUGUCAACUGACACAUUGUAGACACAUCACUGCAGAUCUACUGAUAUUAUGUAUAAAGUGUCAACAGGUGGACUGUUAAAAAAAAGGGUUGCCAUUCUUUUCAAUACAUGUCAAUUAAUCAAGUGACAACAUGACUGAAGAGUUUGGUUCAAACCAGUCUCUUGUUCGUGACUGCAGAAUGUAAGGUAUCUCAGUGUACACUAGAGGAAGUAUCGUAGUCUAAUGUUUACUUUAGCAGGAGACCAAGGAUCAUGCCACUGUGUCCUCUCCAAAGGAAUCUGAAUCUCUCUGUCAGAGAAGAAAAAAUGCAGGUGAGGGGAAAGAAGAGAAGAAGUCGUGGAUCGAUCCACCGGAAGAGCCUAAAACUGUCACACUGACCCAAGCAGAGAUUGAGAGCUGUAUGCAGACUUACGAGGUGAGGAAUGUUACCUUUUACUAACUGUAACAAAUCCAAUAGAACCAUUUCUCUUCAAAUGUCUUAUGAUCCCAACAGGACACACUUCAGGACUACCAGGAGAUGUUCAUCCAGUUUGGCUAUGUGGUGCUCUUCUCCUCUGCAUUUCCCCUAGCGGCCAUGUGUGCUCUUAUCAACAACAUCAUUGAGAUCCGCAGUGAUGCGUUGAAGCUCUGCACCGGCCUGCAGAGACCUUUUGGACAGAGGGUGGAGAACAUCGGACAGUGGCAGGUCGGUUUGUUUUAUCAUGAGAAGUGUCAGCAGAGCUUCGAAGCUACAUUGUCUUAAAGUCUCUAUCUCUUUCUUUAACAUCAGACUGCGAUGGAGGCCAUGGGCUUGAUCGCCAUCAUAGUAAACUGUUACCUGAUUGGUCAGUGCGGACAGCUGCAGCGGUUGUUCCCCUGGUUGAGUCCUGAGAUGACGAUAAUCUCCAUUGUGCUGUUGGAGGUAUGAACUGUACUGUCUUUCAUUAAUGCAGGUUUGUCCAUGAUGGUAGACUGUGGUUCUCCUUCCAAGAUGAUACUUUUUAUCCUACAAAAGAAAUACAAACAUGCAUGGCCUGCCAUUUUUGUCUAAUUUGUAAAUCCUUCAAAUAUCUCCUGAAUAAUCAUUGGAGUAGAGUGUUCAGUUUUUUGGGGGGGAUUGUGAAGUUAAUUGUGCCUUGAUGUAAUCGUGUGUUGAGCCUGUCCCUCUGUGGUCUCGGUGGUUUUCAGCACUUUGCAAUCCUCCUAAAGUACGUCAUCCAUGUUGCCAUCCCUGAUAUCCCUGGCUGGGUUGCAGAGGAGAUGGCCAAGCUAGAAUACCGACGAAGGGAAGCUUUCAAGGUAUAGUUGUAUCAUAGCUUGAAAGACCUUCGGCCAAUGCAAGGCUUGCUGUUGGCUGCACUUUGUUUUCUUCUACACAUGUAUCCCAUUGUGUCCCCAGUUCACUGGUGUGUACAGUGCAAAGAUGUGACAACUUUUCUGACUGCUUGUUUGUGAAGUUCUUGUAUCACAUCAGCAGCACUUUUCCUGGCAGUGCUUGGUUUACAUCUUAACAGGAAACAGAAAAUACCACUGUGCCAACAAGUCAGCAUUUCAUCUUAGAAAAAAAGCUUUUUGUGUGAUCUAAUAACAGGACAGGAUAACCGUUUCUGUGAAAGUAAAACAUAGAAGUAAGUUAACAAUGCCAAAGCCCCAGUACUACAUUAGUAAACUAGUUUUAAAACAUUUGUAUGAGGCUUAAUUUGUAGGGAAAAAUAUUGUGUGUCUACCUUGGUUUCAUUCACUCAAACAGUUUAGAAAGUUUUAAUGUGUGAGCACAUUUAGCUGAAAAAACAAACGCAUGUUCAACCAGGAAAUAUAGUAAUGUACAUGAGAAACUCUGAAUCAAGAGGACAUUUCCAAUAAAACAAAUGAUUAAUUUACAAACACCAAUUCCAAUAAAGUUGGGACAUGGUGUGAAAUAGAAUACAAUGAUUUGCAAAUCUUUUCUGACCAAUUUUCAAUUAAAUUUACUACCAAGACAAAAUGUUGAAUGUUCAACCAGCUUCUCUUGGCCCGAGCUCAUCUGAGAUGGACUGACCCAAAGAGGAAAAGAUGGCUGUGGUCUGAUGAGUCCAUGUUCAAAAUUAUUUUGGAAAUCAUGAAAGUGGUAUCCUCUGAGGAGGACAAGGACCAUCCGGUUUGUUAUCAGGUCAAAGUUCUAAAUUUAGCAGAUGAUAUGGGGGUGUGUUAGUGUCCAUGGCAUGGUACAUACAGGUUUUUAACAUCUGCUGCCAUCUAAGUUACGACUUUUUUAGGGCCAAGACACAUUCUGCAGGUGUUACAACAGCAGGCUUUGUCAUAAAAGAGUGUGGGUACUUGACAGGCUUGUCUGUAGUCUAGACCUGUCUCCCACUGAAAAUUGGUGGCCCAUUAUGAAACGCAAAAUACGACAACAGAGACCCUGGACUUUUGAGACACUGAAGUUGUCCAUCAAGUAAGAAUGGGAAAUAGUUCACCUCCAAAGCUUCAAUAAUUAGUGUGCUGAGUUCUCAAACACAUAUUAAGAGCUGUUCAAAGGAAAGAUGAUGUAACACAGGGGUAAAUAUAAUCCUGUCCCAGCUUUUUUGGAACAUACUACAGCCAUCAAAUUCAAACGGAGUGAAUAUUUGUAAAAAACCCUUUGAACUUGUCUUUGUAGGGUAUUCAACUGAAUACAGGUGGGAAAGGAUUUGCAAAUCAUUGUGUUCUGCUUUUUAUUCACAUUUACACAACAUCUAAACUUCACUUGUACUUUCAAAAGGAACCAAACCAAAAUAAUCAGUCUUGUUGUUAUUGGUGUUUUUUUGUGUGGGUAAAAUGCAGACAUCACUAAAAACUCAGAGGAGCUUUAAAAUAAAUAAGUUUCAUCAACAAAAGUUCAUAAAAGCACGAAUGCAAACUUCACAUUACAGCUACAUUAUUGAUUUCUGUCAGCAGAUAGAUUUUGUAUUUUGGCUGUUUGGAUAGUUCAAGGUUAUUUUAUGAGCACUUUUCAAGAAAAAUCUCUGCACAAAGCAGACACAGGUUUAUUUCAAAAUGAAUAGUCAUCUUCAACUUUGAUCUCCUAAACUCUAGAUAUCAGUGAGAGAGUUAAGCUUCAUGAGGGGCUGCUGUUGUUGCCUGAAGCCACCAGAUGUCACUGUGAAGACUGAGAGAGUAAAGCACCAAAACUUAACGUCACUCCCAGACAAUGCUGUUAAAAAGAAAACCAUCAGACAAUGAGACAUACAAGUUUAUUUACUUUUAAUUUAACACACUGGUCUGAAAAGUUUUCCCUGGUUACUUUCCGUUCACUACCGCCAUGUAUUUUAUACACUUGUUCAUUAAGCACUGUCUUUUCCAUGUGCUUACUGUGUCAUGUGCUUCUCUCUUCCUCUGUGUCUUCUUCUUCACCUGACUCCUGUUGUAGAAACACGAGCAGCAGGCCCAGCAGCACUUCCAGCAGCAGCUCAGACGCCGCCGGGAGGAGGAGGAGCUCCAGCGUCAGGCCGAGCUGCAGGCUGAGGCCCGCCAGGAUAGUGACUACCACAAAACGGACUCCCAACACCAACACCACCACGACAAGACAUCAGGGGGCAAACCAGGUGAAAAGCCCAAGAGACCCAGCUCCCUUCUGGGGAAUAACAACGUGAUGAAACUUAAGCAGAUCAUCCCUCUGCAGGGAAAAUUCUCCUCAGGGACCUCACGCUCACCAGCUCAGUCCCCCACUGGAGGAGAGGCAAAGCUGCCUGGAUUUCUCAAGUUCUUGAAGUCACCUGAGGUGAAAAAGGAGCCGGCUGUAGCAGCUGGAGCAACACCAGGAUCAACAGUGGCCUCGUCAGUCCCCCCUGGUGGCCAAGAGAGAUCACAGUCUCCUAACAGGACAUUCAGUCCCGGGAAACUGUUUAGUUUCAGCAAAUCAGAGGGGACUGUCGUGUGUGUGAACGGGACACAAACAGCAAGUCAGCCUGCUAAUGCUCAGACAAACAGAGCUGAGUUAAACUCAAGCCAGGAGGAGUUACCUUCCAACGAGUCAGAAAAAGGAGAAUCAAGACAGUUGACUGAUUCAGAAAACUCUGGCUCAAAGAGUUAAUAAACACGAACCUUUAACAAUGUAAUCUAAUAAACUGAGAGCAAUGUAAACAGACAGUGAUUCGCCUGUACUGUAGGAGAACACGUUAGUCACAGGGGACCACAUGUAAGGUCAGCGAGCGGUAGACUUUCACCUCUUGAUGCAACUUACUCUGCACAAAGUAUUCUACUGUAUUAUUAACACUUGAUUAGCCAGCUUCCAUGUAAAAAGAUGUACAGUACAUGUAAGUCUGUGAAUGGGGCUUGAAUCUAAGGUGAUAGUAUUUGCAUGACUGCCUGGUUUUUAACUGCACCUUAACAGGCGAUGCUGAUGUAAAGGCUCAUUUUUUAAAAAACCAGGACUGACGCACUGAUGACUUGACAGCAGCUCCCCCUUCCCCCCGUCUGUUUCUCAUUCUAAUGCCUGUCUCUGAUGCAUGCUGCACCACAUGCAUGCAUUACACUUCCAUCACAUCUUUUCAGUUGUGGAGCACUUUUCAAGCCAUUGUAUUCUUCUGCAAUAGGUCAGAUUAUAUUCACUGUGACCAUAAAAAAAUAUUCUAUUUUUCUUAACUUUGGUUUUCUAUGAAUUAUUUUACUACAUAAAUUAGUGAAUGUAACUCUAAAAUGCAAAUAAACAUCACUUGAAUAAACAUCCAUCAAAAGAUAAAGUCCUGGCUUCCUGUGUUACAUAUAGAAAACAGGAUUAGAUGGUAGAACGAGUUUGUGAUGAUUUUUCACAUGAAAAAAAGGAGCAUGUAUAUUUUAAACAACUCUUUGUGUUGUUAAAUGAGAUACAGCCUUUACUGUAUGUCACAGUGAAAUCUAUACAAGAACCUAAGAAUUCAACAACAGUAUAUUUGUACAAGGAAUUUAAAAUCAAAACGUUGAACAGUAAACAAAUCUCAGGCAUGAUGACAAAUAUGUGUAGAAUGAACACACUCUUCUUUGAAGAGCUAGAACUGUGAAACUGCCUGAAUACUGCACAAGUUAGACCAAAGAAACUGAAACUUCUGGUUAUACUACAAAUGAUCCAAAUUGAACAUAAUGUGAUUUUUCAACCUUUUUUUUUUAACAAUUUGUUGUGACAGGAAAAAUGUCCAUUGACGGUCUCAACAGUUAACACAAACAUCGAAAAUGUCUCAGAUUGCUGUUUUUAGGUGUGCAAAGACGGAUGUUUACAGGAGAUGAAGAGCAGAAGUAUCUCAGGUCUUUUGUUUUGAAUUCCUAAAGAAUAAGUUGACUGAAGAAACUGCUUAACGUAACUGACUUAAAUAACUGAUGGAAACGAAACGGCGAGUUAUUUGUUACCAAAUACAGGGUCUGAACAAUCACAUUAUUAACACUGUACAAAAAUAAUACAAUAUGCCUUUUCCAUUUUGUGAUUAACAAAAACACACACUGUACACUGAUCAGCCUUUUGAGCAAACUUGAAUGAACCCACAGACAUCACUUCAGCUACAAACCUGUCAUUACUCUUUAGGCCUGUAUACCAAGGUAGAAGGGCUGCUGAUAAAAUAGUGAUACAAAAUAAGUCUGGCUACAGAAAAACAGCUUUCAUCCUCUGUUUUUUUUUACUGUGUUGGUUCAAAUUAGUCAUAAUAAUAUGACUUGACGAUUCUUUCAACUCAACUUACUUCUUUACCAACGAUAUAAAGAAAAUUGGCCAAACAUGUCAUUACCUUAUUUGUUUCCUUUUUUGAGCCCAAAACAAACCCCAAAUGGAUAAUCGAAUUUCAGCAACAAGAAAACACACUUAUUUGUUUUGAUUGCUGUGCGAACAGUAAAACAAUUUCAGUCAAACUUUAAAAAAAACUUUUUGGAGAGGGACACGUCACAAAUCAGGAUAAGUCACCUAAUAACAUCCACAGAAACAUGCAGAUCUCACAGACAAACAAGAACAAUGACAAUAUCUGGUUUUAAACCCUAAAAGAGUAUUCAGAGUGAAUUUACUCCUUGCAUAUUUCAAAGAAUCCUGUGUUAGCUAAAGCAAAGGGAGGAAAGAAAGGUGGAGGAAUAAGGAGGUAGAUUCCUGUUAUUUUAACUUGAGAUACUAAAAUCUGAGGCAGAGGUGUCUUGGGAGGAAAGAAACUGCUGGUCAAAGUAGAGCUGAGGGGAAACAUUUCUGUGUAUUUGGUAAAUGAGGAACGCAAAGGGAAUGCAAACAUUGAGACCAGUGUUUCUUAGGAUUUCUGUCAUGUCUGAUCUGAAGUGUGUGCCUUGUGUGCUUCAGGCCCAGGUUUGCAAACGUAUGUAUCCUGCGCCCAUGUGUACAUGCCAGUCUUUGCUGGGCUGCAUUUGCGUCACAGCAACUCAUGAAUCUUCAUUCAGCCCCUGACAGUCUGUUCUGGCAAUUUUCCGUGGAGGCGCCAUGUUCUCCCCUUCUGGCUGUUCUUGCUCUCGCUUUUUGGCUGCAUUCUGAUGAGAGAAAAAAAGGAGUUUGCUUAACAAAGUGUGAAACAGAAGGCAUCUGUUGUCUCAAAUGAUACAAUCAGCAUCAAUUCUUUAAUUAAAUGAAAUAUUCUAAACGCGUUACCUUUUUGUCCCACUGCUGAUGAAGAUAUCGCAGAAGGAUGUUUGUCUUCUCUGUGACUAUGACUGAGCAAAAGACAGAAAAGUGAAUGAUCAUUUCAAAGAAAGUGUAUUAGAAAAUGCAGCUCAGAUCGGGUGUGAGUGUGAGGAAUAUCAACUUGACUAACUCUCUCAGAGAUUACCACAUUAUAGACAAAUACACAACAACAAAAAAGGAGUUUGUGGGGAUACACGAUUGAGCAGGUUUUUUCAUAUUUUACAACAUUACCUAUAAGUGUUGGUUGUUUGGAUUUGACAUGGGCUAAAUGUGAAACUGUGAGGUACACUUGUGUUGGAGAAAGAUAAGACUGCCGGCUGCUCUGAACCGCCUGUUCGGAAAAUAACUCCAAGUAAGAUCCACACCAGGUUAGCUCAAACUGGGAUCUCCUUAAAAGGGCACCCUCGACAUAAAACUGUUUUCUGUUUAAGGAUUUUCCUGACCUUUCCCAAACUUCCCAGGUUAGACUGAGGCUCUAAAACAAAUGGCCGUAGUUUAUAAUUUGUCAUUUUUAAUUGUGAAAAUUUUUUCAACCCAAUAAGGACAACAUUUUAUUAUUGCAACAGUGGAGGAGAGUUCCGAAGCACUAGGUGCCAUAGUUUUAGAACUUUAAAUGCCUUAAAAGUGACUGAAAUAAAGUAUUUCAGACAGGGGCUAGAAUGAGGGUUUUCAAAGACUCCAGUCUGAAUUAAAUAAAGAAUUUACUGAGCUCUACACUGAGCAAAGCUAAGCUAAUACAAAAGUGAUUAGGACGAUCAAAAAAGCUUGAAAAUGAGGAUUAAAUUCCCUCUUGAUCCAUCUUACCAAAAUGUUUACUGAAAUGUGAACAUUUUACUCCCAAGCCCAGCAAAGCUCUGAUUCAGAUCAGACAGUGUCUCUGUAUUGAUUAUUGGUAUCUUUUAAAAUAAAUUUUAAGGCUCUUUUAUUGUUAAGCAAAGCUCUUUGUGUUCUAGCCCCUUCCUAUCUAUCAGAUCUACUUCUAACUCAUGAGCCUAUGAGAUACCCCAGCUCACCAGGUACUGGUCUUUUAAUAGUGCCUAAAGUACAUAUGAAAAAAUGAAUCUAAAAAAUGAAGUUAUGCAGCUUUGUACUGCAAAACAGCCCAUCUGAAGAGGGUGGCGCAAGGUAUCAACAUUUUUAAAAGCAGAAUCAACAACUACUUUUUUAGUCUGGCAUUUUACUUAGUUUUGCUAAUUGUCUUACUAGUUUUUAAUGAUUCUCUGCUCAUGUGAAGCUCUUUGUACUGCAUCUUGUUGUUUGAAAACAAGCCUGAUUGAUUGAUUGAUCAAUUGAUUGGUUAGUUUUCAAAGAUCAAUGCACUUACUCUGCUCUGAUGGAUACUCUCUGGUUGGAACAUAGACAGAUGGUCUGCGGUUCUAGAGAAAGUCAAAAUUCAUGUUAAGUCUACUAAACCAGACCAAACGACAUAAGUCAAAAAUACACUUCUUUGACCAAAGACUUGUUGUUUUGUCUUAAAUGUGAGAAACAAUAAGGUAACUUACCGAUGCUUUGCAUACAGAGUCUGCAUGAAACCUGCUGAAGUUAUUUUUGUUGUAGACAGGUAGUCCUUUGAGGAACUCUCCCUGGAACCAGAACAGACAAAAGAGGCAAAAAAAAUCGUUUUAAAAGGAAACUAAGUGUGAGGUGGCAACGUUGAUGCCAUCAACAACAACCAUAGAGGAUAACAGAGAGCAGCUUGUUCCUAAAGUUCAACUAAAUACAAAGGCACUUUCAUAUCCAGUACUUCCCACACCGUAACACAGUUAUUGGCGCCUAUAAAGAUAAACUACUUAAAGCUUACAAUACACAAACAGAGUAGUAGCAGCAGACGUACCUUCUCCAUUUCUCCCCGGUCUUCAGAGCACGUUGAGGGUGAAAAACAGCAGACGUUGCUGCUGUAGCUAGCUACUACCUAAGCCCUGUUGUCUUUGUCGUAGCCAGGACACCGGUGUGUUUAUCUGUUCGACAGCUUCCUACGACCGCUAUAAACUAUUAACAACGUAGGAUAUCGGUAUCAUGGCAUCGUGCCACUUAAUAUUAACAAAGAAAUAGCUCCUCUGUUUAGAUUACUGUAUCAGAAUCGAAAGCGAACGUCCUUAAAGAGCUGACUUGCCCGUUGUUCCCAACUCCAUUUUUGUUUUUCUGUUCGGGGGCGGUUACCUUUUGCAAUUCCUAGAAUUUCAUUGGUUGAAGAAUGGUAAAUCUGUGACGAUAGAGAAAAACAGUGCGCUGAUUGGUCAAGGUUGAUUAUGUAAUAGACAUACACUCGCCACAUACUAAACAUGCGGGCUUAGGGGCACAAAAAACAAUGAAGUUUUACACGACUGUAGCACUGACUGUAUGUACUAUAUAUGCAGUCAAUGGACUGUAGCUAAACAUAACGACCUUCAUGCAUUAUACUUCAAUGUAACAGGUGACUUUUACACAGGUUGUUUACAGGGGUGUUUUUGUAAUCUGUCUAUGUACUUUAUUAGUGUUGCCUAUUGUAAGUGGUCAUGGAUACAGAAGUUAAGAUAUCUAAAACGUGAUUUAACAUUUGAAAUUAAUCGAACUAAAAACAGCUCAGUGACUGCAAAAAUGUGUUAGCCAAAUCUGGAGGUGAGGGAUUUUUUAAGUAUGGCUCUUAUACAUGUCCAUUUCUGCUCAAUGAGUGCCUUUCCAGCCCUCAAAAACUUACUUUCAAACGAACUAUUAAAUGAAUUUAAUGGUGAAGUAAAGUUUCCUUUACAUUGAUUAAAUUAUAAAAUCAAGAAAUUCGUGUGUAAACAUCAACGAAAUCUGCAAACUACAAAUAAAAACUACAUUUCACUAUUUAUUUAUGAUGAUUAAAAUACCUAACUUAACAUCUGAUCUUUGGAUGGAUAUUUUGUGGCAAGUCCAUUUUACUUGAAUUUGAUAUUUUCAUUAUACUGAGUAAAUGGGAGCCAAAGGUUACAACUUUCACGAGGGAAUGGAUACUGUGCAGUCUCAAAUGGUGGGGUAAGCUCUUGCUCAGACAUCUCUCCUGGUUUUGCCUGCUCUGUCUUUUUAACAACUCUCUACAUGCUCUUUUCUUUGUUUUCUCAACCCUCUCUCCUUCUAGGAAGCAGAGCAGCCUCCCUGACCCUGUGGGGUAUGAAUUCAUGCCCAAGGAGGCCUCUCAUUCCUGCUCUUUCUCCCAUCAUGUUAUGUACAACUCACUACAUGUCCUUCUCAUUGCUUUCUUUUGGUUUGUGAAGGCCACAUGGUCGGCAAUAUCAGUGUUUUCACCAGCUAAAGCUUGUGUGUAUGGAGUCUGGGUCCUUUUACCACGGUAUCGCUAUUUGUGUUGUGGUUCUACAGGUGAACAUGGACAGUGGGCGCAGGAAUGGCAGAGGAAACUGUUGAGUUUUUAAAGAAAGCUUUUAAGAAAAGUGCGAGCUGAAAGAUCUCAGUGAUAAACUGGCUGAAGCUGUCCAUCUAUCCUGAAUUUAUCACUUUGAUUUUUGAUCAUAGUACACGUACAUUCCUCACAGAUUCUUUUUAUUUUCUCAGUCAAUCAGAAUAUCUGUUUCUUUAUUUGAAACUUCAACACAGAUUUUUACAGGAAUAAUUUUAAUAGUGAAUGAAAUGGUUUCCCACACACACACACACACAAAAAUAACAAGACACCUGCAAACAUCUUAACCAAACAUUAUCGGUCAAAAUAACUAGGUGAAACUGUAGAGCUUGUUUACUGAUGGCAAAAGUUACUGGUUUGCUGUUGGCCAGUUUUCAUUGUCCUACUUGUUAUUAAUGCAGAGCGACUGCAAAACAAAAGCCCCACCCAGUAUCACCAGUUAACCCAUUCAACGUGUCCUCGCUGCUAGAUUUCCAAAUCCAUGUCUCUUUCCAGACAGGUCCUGACAGGGGUCUUCAGUGGGUGAGGGAUUUGCGUCCUUUAAGCAUGCGUCGCAGAAUAACCUCAAUGCCACUUCUUGAGCUGAUUCUCUUGAUCCAGCCAUGGGUCCUCUUUCUUUUGAUGUUCUUGGGCUGAUACUCCGUUCCUCUUUUCCUUGUUCGUAUCUGCUGGUACAUCCACGGACACUGCUGGAGUACUUCUGAACCCUCCGCUUGUGAAGAAAGAGGCCCACAUCUGUAAACCAGGGGUCCUGUGGUUGCCCUGGGCAUCAUCCAGUUGCUGAAAAAUCUGAGGUGAGAGGAGCCAGUCACAGCCACAUUCCCUGCAGGUAGACUGUUAGAAAAGAAAUAGAAAAGAUAGUCAAAAUUGCCCUAGACAGUCAUAUUGGCAGGGGGUGACACUAGCAAUACAGAAGGUGCUCCUUUCCAGCAAUCUAUUUGGAAAAGAUUAUUAAGACAGGUAUCUGUUAAAGAUUCUACUGGCGGCCAGCAAGAAGGCUGUAGCAUGAAGGUGGAUGCAGGCAGCUUCCCCAGCAGUGACUGACUGGAUAGAUACUGUAAAUGCUAUACAGAAUAUGGAAAGAAUGACCUUCUCACUAAAUCACCAGGUGGAUAAAUUUCUGCAGUACUGGGAAAAAUGGAUUGUGUUUGUGAACUCACAACCUGAUGCUCGAGCCAUUAUUGUAUAAUAUCUGACAUGUAUUUCUAUUUGUGAUAACAACAACAGUAUGAAUGUACAGGUGACCAAUUGUAUGCUUCAACAUGUUCAGUUGAGUGUUUCUAUAAAAAUCAAGUAUUGAAAAAAUGCCCCAGAAUGCUAAUAUCACACUGUGAUCGAGGUGUUUCAUGUGUAAAGGAGUCUCAUGCAGCGAUCCUCAGCAUUGAAAUUACAUUUGAAAUCAAAUGUUAGCAACUGACUUGACACCAAACUAUGUUUUUUCCAUUUAUUUCAUGGGUGUCAAACUCAACCACAGCAUGGAUUUAGGUCUAACCUGAGGGCCCAACAGGGUCAACAUUUAACCCAAACUGUCAGCCUCCUUUUAAAAAUAUUUAUAAGAAAAGCAAUGUUUAGAAACCAGGAAAUUCAAAAAAGUAAAAAAGAUAAGUUUAAAGGCAAUCUGAAAUUAAAAAAACAAAAAACAAACAAACAAAAAAAAAAAAAACCCAAUAUAUUAGUUCAAAAGAACAGGACACGAUAUUAAAAAUAGAAAAACAAUGCUUUUAAAGAGCAAAGAUAUGAGGAGAAAGUUGCAAUCAUAAGUUUGAAGGGUCAAAACACAGGAUAAUUUUGAAAUCAAGAGUGUAAAGUUAAAAUGUGACUUAAAUUUUAAAAUUGGAAUCAAAAGGAUUAAAACGACAUAAGACUAAUUACUGAGCUGAAAAAAAUCAAGCAUGAAAUAAAAGGUCAAAUCAUGUUUGACUUGUAAUGUUGAGAUGCAAAAUUGGAAAUAUGAAUAUAUAUAUAUAUAUAUUUCCCCCACAUUUUUGACUAUUAAUAAAAUCUUCUUUACUCUUACAGAUUUUCAAGGCUUAUUGAGGAUAUUUUAAAUCAUAUUGCAAAAGUUGACAUUGUUAUACUGGAGGGAAUCUGCAGACCUCAUACUGGUGGGCCAAUAAUAAUAGAAAUAUGGUAUGAUCUCGUGUGCCAAAUAGAAUUGUUCCACGGGUUAGAUUUGGCCGUCGGGCCUUGAGUUUGACACCUGUGACUUAUUCAUAUUUGAAAGAUUGUGAAAAAUAUAUUUUGCAAAUUUCAUAGACCAAUUCGAGCCAGACGGUGUUAGAUUCAUGCAGAUUUCACACGACUGUAUUUCUCAUGACUCUGUGUUUUAAAAAGCCGAUGAACUGUGAUCAGUUAAAGUAAUCAUAAGGGCCAUUGACUGAAAUGGUUCGGGUCUGGCUCCACUGUCGACCCGUAGAGGUCUGAUUACACCAUUAGCUGUGACUGUGAUCUACUGCAGAUGAGGCCAAAACCUCUCUUCAAAGUUCCUAAGUAAUACUGUGACUUUUUAAUGUCUAACGUCCCCUGCAGACGGCAUCAGUAAAACCUACUUUGAGUUUCUGUAGGAUAAGCUUCUCCUCAACUCUAAGCAGAAAUCAGGUGACUGAAAAUUAUUCCCAAUCAGUCGGCAUGCUAGCUUGGCAUCGUAAACUACCCAUAAUGCUAACAUACUGCUAAGCUAAUAUGCCAAUGAUAAUGUCAACAAUCUAACCUAGCUUUGUUGUUUGUCUUUUGUAUGAAUACGUCGACUCGAUUACCUUGUGAUAUAACAGUUGCCCCGCAGUCGGGAUAAGGACGACCGUAUGAUGUUCAUUUUCAGAUAUUUACACUUAACACAUGCAUGAGAACAGUGAAUGUCACAGCUCUGCAAGGCACCAGCGAGCACGGAGCGCAAUGAUUGGCUUAGACUACCGAGCCAAUCGAAAGGCGUUUUGCUGAAGUCUG